ACUAAGGUCAAAACUCCUCACCUCUCUCAUUCUCUCUUUAAUGGCGGCCAUGGAUUACAACAACAAGGCGGCUAGUCUUUCUCUUUGCAUUACUUCUAUUACCAUCAAAUCUCUGAAACCCAUUUUCUCUCAGCGCAAAAGUCGCAACCUUUGACAUUGCUCUUUGUCUAUAACUGAAAACCAAGAGAACUCUUCCUCCAUUGCUGCUUGUCUUGUUUUUCGUGUUCCAUUUGAACUUUUCUUAAAGACCCAUUGCAUCUCUCUCUCUAUUUCCGUUCUCCCAUUCCGAGACUUCCCUUAAACAAAAACAAAAGCAGCUUAAUUCCAAGAAAAGAACUUCGAGAUCUGGUUUUUCCUUGGUCUUGCUUCGGUUUUGUACAUUUUAUAGGACUAGGAGCAAUCUCUCUUUCAGUUUGGUUUUUGGGUUUCUUGGGAAUAGUCUUUUGGAGAAGAAGAAAUAAUGGGGAGUAAAUGGAGAAAAGCAAAGCUUGCUUUGGGUAGAAAUCUGUGUGUUUAUGUUCCGAGAACUUUAGAGGACUCACCACCGCCCGACUCAACCGAUAGAUUAUCUGAUGCUGCUCUGCUUUCUCCGGUGGGGGAUUGGGAUAUGCGGCCCUCAACACCAAUGACUCCCACACCCUCUUCUCAGGGACUGAGAUUGUCCAAAAGUUUGAGCAGCAAAUCCUCCAAGCAAACUUGCUCAAUAUGCUUGACCAAGAUGAAAAAAGGAGGCGGCCAUGCACUUUUCACUGCUGAGUGCUCACAUUCCUUUCACUUUCACUGCAUUGCUUCAAGUGUGAAACAUGGCAACCAUGUUUGUCCCGUCUGUAGAGCGAAAUGGAAGGAAAACCCCUUGCAAGCUUCUAGUUUGGAUCCUCCAGUAGGUUGGCCUCAAAAUAAUGCUUUGAUGACUGCAAUUCACCGACUACCUCCCCCUCAUCGUGAUCUGAAUCGCCGGCAUAUUGUUCCACGCCUCCUCCAUGCUCCCGAGCCAGGUGUAUUUGAUGAUGAUGAAUUAUUGGACAUUCAACCAACAUGUGCUGAGAUAAGCUCUUGCAACAGAAGUUCUGCUGAUAGCAAAUCCACUAAAACAAUAGAGAUUAAGACAUUUGCAGAAUUAUCCACUGUUCCACAGUCCAAAUCUUAUGAUAACUUUACUGUUUUAGUUCAUCUUAAAGCUGCUGCUACAGUUACGAGAACAAAUCAAAGCAGAAACCUGGUUAACUUGCCACAGCUUUCACAAACUCCUCGUGCUCCAGUUGACUUAGUUACAGUUCUUGACAUCAGUGGCAGUAUGGCCGGCACAAAGCUUGCAUUGCUAAAACGAGCAAUGGGGUUUGUAAUACAGAGCCUUAGCUCCAAUGACAGGCUAUCGGUUAUUGCCUUCUCAUCCACAGCGCGUCGCCUCUUUCCCCUCCGUCGAAUGACCGAGACAGGCAGGCAGCAAGCACUUCAAGCUGUUAAUUCAUUGGUUGCUAAUGGUGGGACCAACAUUGCUGAAGGUCUCAGAAAGGGUGCAAAAUUAAUGGAAGAUCGAAGGGAAAAGAAUCCUGUUGCAAGUAUAAUUCUUCUAUCUGAUGGGCAGGAUACUUAUACUGUCAGUGGUUCUGGGGGCAACCAAACCCAACCCAACUACCAGUUGCUCCUUCCUUUUUCCAUUCAUGGUGGUGACAAUGUGGGAUUCCAGGUCCCCGUACAUGCAUUUGGCUUUGGUGCAGAUCAUGAUGCUUCCUCUAUGCAUUCAGUAUCUCAGAUAUCUGGGGGGACCUUUUCUUUUAUUGAAACUGAAGCGGUGAUCCAGGAUGCGUUUGCACAAUGCAUUGGAGGUCUUCUGAGUGUUGUGGUGCAGGAGCUGCAAGUGGGCGUUCAGUGUGUGCACCCAAGUGUUCAUGUUGGUUCACUAAAGGCUGGAAGUUAUCCAAGUCGGGUGAUGGCUGAUGGGCGUGCAGGAUUUGUUGAUGUUGGAGAUUUGUAUGCUGAUGAAGAAAGGGAUUUUCUUUUUUCAGUUAAUGUACCAGCAGAGUCUUCUAGAAAUGAAACUUGUUUGCUAAAGGUGAGAUGUAUUUACAAGGACGCCUUAACCAAAGAAAUGAUUACGGUGGAGAGUGAACAAGUUAGGGUUGCAAGGCCUGAAGUAGCCGGUGAAGCAGUCAUAUCUAUUGAAGUGGACAGGCAGAAAAACAGGCUUCAAGCAGCUGAGGCUAUGGCACAAGCCAGAUCUGCAGCUGAACAGGGGGAUCUAGCUGGUGCAGUUUCUAUCCUUGAAAGUUUCCGGCAGCAGUUGUCACAGACCGUGUCAGCUAAAUCCCAUGAUCGGCUCUGUAUUGCAUUGGAUGCCGAGCUCAAGGAGAUGCAAGAGAGGAUGGCAAGCAGGCAUGUAUACAAGGCGUCUGGAAGGGCAUAUAUUCUUUCAGGCCUGAGCUCACAUUCCUGGCAAAGAGCAACAGCAAGAGGCGACUCCGUUGAUAGUUCAAGUCUUGUUCAGGCUUAUCAAACCCCAUCCAUGGCUGAGAUGCUUACUCGAUCUCAGGCCAUGCUUCUCGGCAGUCCCUCGGCUCAGAGGCUUGUCCAACCAUUACUGUCAUUCGGAUCACAACCGAAACCAAGGUAAUUGCAGCUGUUGCCAUUAUCUUGAAUCGGCUUUUCGAGUGCGUUUAUUUUUUCCCCAUUAUUUUUAAGAUUUAAAUUUGGGGGGGGGGGGUGAAAGUUGGACUCGAUAAAGGAUGGGUUUUGCAGCUGUGAUUUUUGCUCCUGUCUGUCUUAUAAUAUGUAUGUAAAUGGAUAUAAAAGAAGAGGGUGAGAGACCAUAUUUCAGAAGGGGGAGAAGGAAAGGAACACUAGGUAGGGUUUACAACAUUUUGUUUUUCUUUUUUUUUUUUUUUGUGCUGUUGGGGUGGUGUACAUAAGGAGAAAUGGUUCUUUUUCUCUUGGGUAUAAGUGGGUAUAAUAAGCAUGUAAUUGUGAAAUGGUUGGAGAUGAACUCUUCUUCUAAUAUAUUAUUUCAUAUUCUCUGAA